AAUCCUUUCAUACAAUAACAACAACAACAAAGAAGCAAAUUAAGAAAAUGGCACACCAAGGUCAGAACUUGAGUUACGAUGCCACUGAUGCCAGCGGUCAAGCUCAGUUGAAGAGGGAUGAGAUUAUGAGCCAGGGGCCUGCCCAAUCUGGCCAGGAUAGUACCUACACUUCCCAGGCCACCAACUUUCUUCAACAGACUGGGGAACAAGUGAAGAACAUGGCCCAAGAAGCUGCAGAGGCAGUGAAGAACACUCUGGGAAUGAAUUCAGACAACAGCUCCAACCCAGGUCACCCAAGCAAUAAUCCAAGCGACCCCAGCAACACCAGCAAUCCAAGCAACCUCAGCAACCCUAGCAAUCCAAGCAACCUCAGCAACCCUCACAAUCCAACCAACAUCGGCAAUCCAACCCACCCAUCUGCUGGGAAUUGAAGAUUAUUGUUUUCAUUUUGUUAUUUCUCUGAGACGCUGAUGCUGUGGGAGUGAUCUCUCUUUAUUGUCUUAUUAUUAUUGGAAUAAAAUAGAAUAAAAGGCAAAAAUAAAAUAUUCUUUUGCUGCUGACA